CUGCUUCAUCUCAAAAUCCACUCACCACUCUCCUCCCAACAACAUUUUUCUCCAAUGGCUUCUUUUGCUCUGUUCCUCUUCACUCUCCUUGUCCUUUCAAGUUCAUGUUGCUAUGCAAUUGGGAACAACAAAACAUUGUUAUCACUUGCAAGCAGGAUUGGUAUCAACUAUGGAAGAUUAGGCAACAAUCUCCCUUCUCCUUACCAAUCAAUCAACCUAAUCAAAUCCCUUAAAGCCGGUCACGUCAAGCUCUACGACGCCGAUCCAGAAACCCUAAAACUCCUCUCUCAGACCAAUCUCUACGUCACAAUCAUGGUCCCUAACAACCAAAUCAUUUCAGUUGGCUCCGAUAAAGCCGCAGCAGACAACUGGGUCAACACUAACGUCCUUCCUUAUCACCCACAAACAAGAAUCCGGUUUGUCCUCGUCGGAAACGAAAUCCUCAGCUACAGUUCCGAUCAAGACAAGCAAAUCUGGUCGAAUCUUGUCCCAGCGAUGCGCAAGAUCGUGAACUCUCUUAGAGCAAGAGGGAUUCACAACAUCAAAGUCGGGACACCUCUCGCCAUGGACGUUCUCCGGUCGAGUUUUCCUCCGUCGAGUGGUACAUUCCGGGAAGAAAUCACCGCUCCGGUGAUCUCGCCGUUGCUCAAGUUUCUCAACGGGACAAACUCUUUCUUCUUCCUCGAUGUUUACCCUUACUUCCCUUGGUCCACUGAUCCGGUUAACAAUCAUUUGGAUUACGCUCUCUUCGAAUCGAAUUCAACUUAUACCGAUCCUCAAUCCGGUUUGGUUUACACUAAUCUUCUAGACCAGAUGCUCGAUUCGGUUAUCUUCGCGAUGACCAAGCUCGGUUAUCCAAACAUCCGGCUCGCGAUUUCCGAAACCGGGUGGCCUAAUGCCGGAGAUAUCGACGAAACCGGAGCCAAUGUUCCCAACGCGGCGACGUAUAACCGGAAUUUGAUUAAGAAGAUGACUGCUAACCCGCCGCUCGGUACACCAGCUAGACGCGGUUCGCCUAUACCGACGUUUUUGUUUUCAUUGUUCAAUGAAAACCAGAAACCCGGUUCGGGAACCGAGAGGCAUUGGGGGAUUUUGAACCCGGACGGUACACGAAUCUACGAAAUCGAUUUCAGCGGGACGAGACAGGUUAACAGUUUCGGUUCGAUGCCUAAACCGAGUAACAAUGUUCCGUUCAAAGGGAAUGUUUGGUGUGUGGUGGUCGAAGGAGCCAGCGAGGCUGAGUUAGGGCAAGCGCUUGAGUUUGCUUGCGGAAGAAGCAACGUUACAUGUGCAGCUUUGGCGCCGGGAAGAGAGUGUUACGCGCCGGUUUCGGUUACUUGGCACGCAAGCUAUGCAUUUAGCUCGUAUUGGGCUCAGUUCAGGAACCAAAGCUCUCGUUGCUACUUCAAUGGCUUGGCGCGUGAGACAACGACCAACCCUGGAAAUGAGCGUUGCAAGUUCCCUAGCGUUUCCCUGUGA